AUGAGUUCAGUUGUAUGUUUAAAACCGUGAUAAGACAAUAUAUAUAUCAAGAUGUAACCAAUGUAUCAUGAAACAUAAUAAACAAUGAGAAAAAUAACAAGCUUGGGGAUAUAAAACAACAAAGUUAAAUGAAUGCAAAAUAUUUUAAAAUCCUAUUAAAUUGGUUAUAUCUACAUUUGUUGGACUAUAUACUAACAUAAUAUUUUAGAAUCAAAAGUGGUACCAAUCAGAAGACGUUCCAGUCCCAAAACAAGCAAGAAAAACCGCUAAACCACAAAAAUUAAGAGCUUCAUUAGUUCCAGGUACUGUUUUAAUUUUAUUAGCUGGUAGAUUCAGAGGUAAAAGAGUUGUUUACUUAAAAAACUUAGAAGAUAACACUUUAUUAGUUUCAGGUCCAUUCAAAAUUAACGGUGUUCCAUUAAGAAGAGUUAAUGCUAGAUAUGUUAUUGCUACUUCAACUAAAGUCUCAAUUGAUUCAGUUGAUGUUUCAAAAUUCAAUGUUGAAUACUUUGCAAGAGAAAAAUCAUCAAAAGGUAAAAAAUCAGAACAAGAAUUCUUUGAUGAAUCAAAUACCAAAAAAGAAAUUAAAGCUGAAAGAGUUUCAGAUCAAAAACAAGUUGAUGGUGCUUUAUUAAAUGAAAUCAAAAAAACUCCAUUAUUAAAACAAUACUUAUCAGCCUCAUUCUCAUUAAAAUCUGGUGACAGACCACACUUAUUAAAAUUUUAA